AAGGACACUAGCUAUAGAAUGUACAGAAAAGGCAGUUAGAAAAGAAUAUAAGCAUUUCAUUACCUAAAAAAUCAACUAAAGACAAAAGAUAGUGGUGCAGGCAAUGAGGGACCAAAAAGCUGUAAGACCUUUAGAAAACAAAUAGAACAAGGCCAGAGUUAGGUCUCUCUUCAUCAGUAAAAGGGAACCAACAGACUGUGCAUGCCUGCCUGGCUUUGGUAAGGCUAGGGUCGUCACCAUGUGGAUCAUGAGGACACCGAGACGCAGAGCAGGACAAAACCUGCCCGGGCGAGUCUUCUUUCUGCGUUAUGUCGUACAGACCCUGGAAGAUGAUUUCCAGCAGAUCCUGAGGAGGCAGCGACAGCACCUGCAGCAAGCCAUUGCAAGCACCGUGCUGUCCUGCGACAAGCAGCCCCACAAUGUCAGGGAUGUCAUCAAGUGGCUGAUCAGAGCAGUAACUGAAGACAGAUUAAUCCAGUCCCCAAAUGAGAAUCAGACCUCUCCAGGAAAAGGAAUCUUGAAGACCAGCAGUAGCCACCCUUCUUCCCAACCUAACCUGACAAAGAAUGCCAAUCAGCUGAUUGUAUGCCAGCUCCAGAGGAUGCUGUCUAUCGCUGUUGAGGUGGACAGGACCCCCACAUGCAGCUCCAAUAAAAUUGCCGAAAUGAUGUUUGGGUUUGUGCUGGACAUUCCUGAGAGGAGUCAGAGAGAGAUGUUCUUUACUACCAUGGAAAGCCACCUUCUACGCUGCAAAGUGCUGGAAAUCAUAUUUCUCCACAGCUGUGAGACGCCCACCCGCCUCCCCUUGUCUCUGGCCCAGGCCCUCUAUUUCCUGAACAAUUCCACAUCACUGCUCAAGUGUCAGUCGGAUAAAACCCAGUGGCAGAAAUGGGAUGAGCUGGUCGAGCACCUGCAGUUUCUGUUGUCCAGUUACCAGCAUGUUUUAAGAGAGCACUUGCGGAGCUCAGUGAUCGACCGGAAAGACUUGAUAAUCAAGAGAGUCAAGCCCAAACCCCAGCAGGGAGACGACAUCUCCGUGCUGGACGUGGAGCAGCAGAUCGAGGCCUUCCGCAGCCGCCUGGGCCACGUGCUGGGGGAGCCGCUCGUCCCGCAGCUGCAGGACAAGGUGCAUCUCCUCAAGCUCCUGCUCUUCUUUGCUGCAGACCUGAACCCCGACUCGGAGGCCUCCCCAUAGGCCCGGAGCAGCCCAAGGUCAUCCGAGGCCCUGGACACCAAGAAUACCUCCUGAACGCCACCUCCAGCUGCUUGGAGGUCCCAGAAGUAUAGAAACUAGUUUAAAAUCUAACAGGACCAAACCUACCUUAUUUAUCUGUAGGCUAUGAUAACUUUCUAACUCUUUAGUAGACAUCUUUAACAACCCUGUCCUAGCCUCUUCUCAGAUAUGACUUAAAUACAUACGGUGUAUAUAUUUUUUAAUAAAUUAUUUAUGUAUACCUUUUUUGAAA